CCUGAAUGCUGAAAGGUUACUUGACCUGACAUCUGAUAACAAUCCAGGAUGUGUUGCUGUCACACCUGCAUUAAUCAAUAUAGUCCUUGCUGCAGCUGUUAUUCCUCCAUCAAUGUGGAGGAAAAACGGCUUCAGCAAGGCAGUUCUCUAUUUCUUUCUUAUAUGUUGAUAUUUAAGGUUUGAUUUCAGAGUGACAAUAGGCUUUUAAAGAUAACACAUCAACACCUUUUAUGAUCAUUAUAGAGAUAGACUCCCUAAAGUACAGUAGACUCCAUACUGCAGCCACACUGUAACCAUCAGGAGAAAAUAGAAACCAUUGCAUCAGGCCUGGCUGCAGAGAUAUACUGACGAUGAGAAAGGACCAGUCGAAGAACCCGAAAAAAUGCAGCAGAGUUCGGUCCUGUCGGCGUGGUUCCGGCUGGAUUCGUUUUGCAGGCUGUUUGGGAAUACUUAAAACGGGCGCAGAGCCUACACAAGAAUGUGCAGUUUUCAGAGGGGCGGAGACAAGCCUGCCUCACAUCCAUAGCGAGUAAAGCGGCGUACAGGCAGCCUCACUGUAGGCUGCUGUUGGGACUAGCAUAAGUUAACAAUAGGAAACAAAAAGGUUCUCUCUCGGUUCUUCUGGGCUAUAAUGGGUGGAUGUUUUUCGGCCGCAGAGACGAGUCACACAGCCCGGUAGGCAUUUUCCCCCCGGUUCUGCUGAACUAUCCAGAAUCGUCCAUAGUGAAGUGACACUGGGUCUCGAACAAGUGACCCGUCUAACAUAGUUAGAAGAGCGGCUAUUUUGGAGACACGCAACAUUGCACCCAGGUGGAACCAGUGCAUGGUUACAUUAAACGGACCUCAGCCCGAUUUUCCUUCGUGUAAUGUUAAAGAGAACCCUCCGCGGCUGUUUCCCCGUGGGGUGGCUAUGAAAAGUGGACCGUCUGGUUUGUUUUCUCCAUCCCCUUCCAGUCUUCAUGGAACAAAGUGUGCUUUCUGAAGCAUAACCUGCAGCCGUGAGGUGGAUCCAGGCGGUUUGUCAGCGUGGGUUUACAUGUGGUAACAUUACCUGUCGAGAGUCCAGCUUCUCCCGACAAUCAUCAUGAGGACCACCGAGGAGGCAGAGGGCUUUGACGGCGAGGCCUCCAACACUUCCAUGAUCUCCGGGGCCAGCAGUCCGUAUCAACCCACCACUGAGCCCGUCCAUUCAAGGAACGUUUUGGGGGGGAUAAGGUGCGACAUGGAGUACCUAAAGUCAUACUUUGGGAUUUUAAAGGUGGUUGAAGUGGUCCUAUCACUUAUUGGAUUCAUCUGCAUAGAGACUAUCAUGAUGUGUUCUCCCUGUGGAGGGGUCUACUUCUUCGAGUUCGUCAGCUGCAGUGCCUUCGUGGUGACAGGAGUCCUCCUCAUCAUCUUCAGCCUCAAUCUGCACACCAAGGUGCUCCAGGUCAACUGGAGCCUCACGGACCUGGUUAACACGGCUGCCAGCACCUUCUUCUUCUUCUUGUCGUCUCUCGUGUUGGCCUGCAUCAACCACAACACUGGAGCUGAAAUAGCAGCAGUGAUCUUUGGCUUCCUGGUGACAGGUGUGUACGGAGUGAACACCUUCCUGGCAGUACGGAGGUGGCGUCGUGGCAAUGGGUGUCAGGGGGCGGCUCCGACCAGCGAGUACAUGCGAGCGCGCACGGCUUCUCGUGGAGAAAUGGAGGCCAGACCGGAGCUUGCAUGAGUGCUGGCAGAAAAUCAGACGGACUAAAGGAAAGCCACACUACCGGAAGCUGGCUGAGAUGGACUCUGCCUUCAGAACAGUAUUUCAUUCAAGUCUCCAGUGGACGGGCCAUUUCAAGCUCACCACAUGCUUUUGACUUCUCAUCACAGCACCUCAGCUGUGCUUUCUGCCCGCGCAGCCCAAUCUUCAUUUCAUAGCAACAGAUGAGCUCUGUGGCUUUGUUCAUCACUCAUCCUGGCUUCAGUGACACAUAAAGACUUUAAAGUGUAGCGCUCCAGUCAGAAUUGAAGGUAUUCUUUGUAAAAACUUCUUUUCAAGUCAGCAUGAAGGAUGACUUCCACGAAGAGCCAAAACAAAAAAAGGCUGACUUCACUCCAACGUGCACUAACUCCUGUUCUGGCAUAGGUGUUGACUUUUUUUUUUUUUUUUUUGUGUGUGUUUCACUGUGAAUGAAGUUAAAGAAGGUCAGCUUUUUGUACAGUUUGCUUGUUUCACGCUGCUGUCUGUGAAGUCUGUGGUAAUAAAUGUGACCGUGGAUCUGGGAAAGCCCUGGACCAGCAACAUACCUGCAGCACAACAGAAGCACCGUGACUUUACUGUUCUUUCUUAGAUACUGACAUCAGCCUUUGGUUUGAGCAAGGCUGACAUUAGAUAUUUUAAUCUAAAGAAUACACACUGCUGACAAACAUGCUGUCAGCAUGUGUAUCCUCCUUCGUCUUCACUAACUUUACCAAUGCCUUUAACAUGGGACCUUUAGCCGAUAUGAAGAUCUCUCCUGCCAGCAGUUGUACAGUAACAGAACAGGGUCAUUCUCAACUCCAAUGAAGAUGGCAGUGGAAAAAGUUUGAAUUCUCUGCAACACAAAUGCAUACAGUGGGUUUGACACAAUUAUGAAACCAAAAUCAAAAUCCGUCAUUCCAUGUAUUUUAUCCCACGUUGUGUGUUAACUAUCAAAAGAUAUUCACUACCAUUUCUAAAAUGUUAAUGUCAAGGUCUGUGUUAGGUCAACACUGUGAGCCAGAAGUAGGUCGUAUCAGGUGAUGAUAAGGUAAUUGGUAUCUUGUUACUUUUGCACAUAUUCCGAGGCUUCAGGUAACACAAAUGCUGAUGCUACAUCAGUGAGAUUAACUUUGAAAUGAGCAGGUGACCUGGUCAACAUCAAUGCCCUUAGCCUAUAGACUGUAUCUCAGGUAUUGACACACUCCUUCCAUCUUUGAGUCUAAAGAAAACAUUUGAAAUUCAAUCACAGGGUGCCUCGAACUGAACGCUGUAUUUCUUAAUCCCUUCCUAAUUAUUAAACAUGAUAGGACUAUCCUAGAGAAUAACUGAUACUUUAAGUAAACAAAAAAGAAAGAAGGAAGAGUCAAGUGAAGGUGGAGAUUGUGGGAUAGAAAUAUGGUACUUUUAGCAUUAUUGUCACAGCUUUCACUCUGUGUUUGGUCGAAUUAAAAUGUCUGCAUAUGUAUAUACAGUAUAUUAUCACACUUCAUAUAAUGAAAAUCUCUAUAAUUCCACAUUGUAGCUGUUAUGGAGCUCAAACAUACUGAGCGCAAAGCAGAUUUGUCAUCGCUUUAAUGUGUUUCUGUUCGGCCAGUGUGUUGGACAAACAGGAGGCUGAAUCUUGAAAAAUCAAAUCGUAUUUGCUUUUUAAGAUGAAGGAAGAAAUGUCAACCUAAUUCUGGGUGUCUUAAUGCAUUGACUUUACAGUACAGUUACACAUGUGUGUUUCCUUUGUUAUUUGAGACCUCUUUGUGUAUAUAAGGCUUGGGUGAGUUUGUGCAGGGUCUAAAUCGACUCUAUGGCUCCAUCUCCUGGUCGACAUCUAAAACGUAGUCCUUGUGUUUUCAGAGGACUGUACGGACAGAUGACUGCAGCAGUGUGUGUAAGAGUGGGAGCAUACAUAUGUUUGAUUGGGGGUUUAAAUAAAAACUGUAUGACUUCUUAAACGGCCUCAAAGGUUUCCACACUAAACAGAAAGCUUGACUUAUCAGGCUUUUCCAAUUGUUUGAGUAACUUAUAUCAUGUACAACUGCUAUUUCUUCUAGUUUGGUGACUAAAGUACUUUUACAUACAGACAAUCAUAUCAGUUAUUCUGUCUUUUACUUUACAUUGAUGGAUUUGUUUCUGAGUGAUGUAAAAGAUAUUCUUUCCAACACAAUCAUGAUAGUACAUUACGCUAUUUGAUGAUAUAAACUGCCCGUCAUAUCUGUCAAAAACUAUUAAGUUGCAGCUCUCUAUAUAGAACUUUUUGCUAUAGUAUGUUAUGAACUAUUUUUAUUUAUGGGGAAGAAAAGAAAUGCUUUCUAUUAGUUUCCAGAUCGUUCUUCAAACUGAACGAUCAGUCUGACCGUUAGGAUAAAAUGUGAGGUGAGGGGCUCUUUGUGUUUCCUUUUAAUCCUGUGCGCUUUGAUUACAGCAAGGUCUGUCCUUUACAGCAUGGAGCCGUACUUAGUUGUAUUUUUGUAUUUGAAACAUUCACAAAAGGCUUCAUGUCAGUUUAUAGUGACAAUUUAAAUAAAGUGAUUUGGACAUUA